CCCGUUAUGAACCUGAUCGUUUUAAUUGUUAACGCAGUGGGGAAAAUGGGCGUGUCCCUGACGUCACUCCCGAACUUCGGACAAUCUUGCGCUCGCGUGCCAAAAUAUUCCGUCAGUAAACUUCGGACGCGGUGCGCGCGCUCGUGCACAGGUCUCCGCAGAGAAGUGCGCGCGAGGAUGUGGAGUUAAACCCAGUGGACUGUUCUGAACUUUCACACCCAGGAUAAUCCCCCGGAUCUGAGGCGCUAAAACCACCGGACCAUGAGCUGAUCUGAGCCCCGGGUCCUGCCGCAGAGAAGUGCACGUACAGGCCGUGAUGUUUGCACAGUGACCUUGCUAUGGAGUUUAGCAACGAGGUAGAUUUUUCCAACAACAACAACAGCCGUAGCAGCAGCAGCAACAACAUCAUCCUUCCUCUGUGGAAGAAGCGUGCCUCGGACCAGGUCUCGAAUGGCAACCUGAAGCCCAAACCAAGACCUUUGAGCUAUCAGAUUGAUGGUGUCCUUAUGACCGAUUUCCCUGUGGAGGACAACUGCUCUUUUACCGUCACACAACCUGCAGAGACGAUCACCACUCCACAAAGCACCAUGGUGAUCAAACAUGUUUUGAACAAACCUGCCCGUAAGACUCGUGUUGUAAGGAGCAUUAGUAUCGGGCACCUAUCCAGUGGAAGCUUUUCUCUGGCAAGAUUCAGAUCAGAGAAUAAUAAUAAUGACUCCAUUGACAAUAACCAGGUGCCCCAAACCAACCUAUCUACAAACACUCCCAAUGGCCUAAGCAAAAAGGAGACCAAAAGAGACCGUGAAUCUCUGAAGCGCCUGUCUAACCCAUUUACCCUUAUUUCCCAGAGGGAGCAAAUUGUGUUCGGGGACCCAUCCCCAAUAUCAGAUAGACAACCCCCACAGAAAUCUGGCUCUCCUUCUCAGAAUUCCCCUCAACAGUAUUCUUCCUCCGUGUCUCUUGGAUCUUCUUCAUCUCACAACUCCAUGUCCAGCACUUCCUCUCUUUCUUCUUGCUCUUCUUCCUUCUCCUCUGUUCCCAGCACACCAUCCGAUCCCAUAACUCCUCAAUCUCUGUCUCCAUCCGAAUGCAAAACAGUAACACCACACCAUUCUUCAAGCUCCUCCCAGUGUUCAGAAGUCAAGUCACCCAUACCCAGCAUGGUACUCAGUACCCACAGCCCCGCUGCAUUGAAGAUGGGCAGCCAGCAGCUCAUUCCUCACAAUCUGGCAUCUGAGAAACGAUCAGGCAAAACUAUCCAUUCUCUGGUCUUGAAAGACUCUUCUAAACGUUCCCUCCGAGCUCGGAGCAUGGUGGAGAGUGGCGCGUUCUUCUCCAGUAGUAAGGAUGUUCAAGAGGCGGAUGGCGAGGAUGUGCCAGGACUGUUCAGAAGAGGCCUGAGGUCAACAUCUUACCGCCGGGCUGUGGUCAGUGGUGUUGACCUGGACGUUCCUUCAGACCUUCUAAAAGGGGUCCCAGAGGUGAAAGAAGGACCCAGGAGUCCGCGACCAACCAAAAGCAAGGUUGGAGAGAAGAAGAGAAUACAGAGCCAGAGGACAUUUGAUAGUGAAGAAGACGAGGUUCUGUAUCAGAACUACCAGGAGAAAGCGUUGCAUGAUGACUCAGAUGAGGAUGCGGAAUCCAGGGAGCCCAAAGCGGACGAGCGCAUCGUGGUGCAGUAUAAACCCAUCCGGACUUCCUGGAGUCAGCUCAGUGUGGUGAAGAAGAAGAGGACGUGUGACAGGCUAAGUCCAGAGGAACGCAAGCGACAAGAGGCGAUCUUCGAGGUGAUCUCGUCCGAGCAUAGCUACCUGCACAGCCUCAUGAUCCUCGUCCGUCUGUUCAAGAACUCGCCGGAGCUCAGCGACACCAUGACUAAGACGGACCACCACCACCUCUUCUCCAACAUCGUGGAUGUGUGUGAGGCUAGCAAAAAGUUUUUUAAGGAACUGGAGGACAGACACCAGCAGAAUAUUGUGAUUGAUGACAUCAGCGAUAUUGUGAUUAAACACGCUCAGGCAAACUUCGAACCCUAUGUGACAUACUGCUCGAAUGAGGUGUACCAGCAGAGAACAUUCCAGAGACUAGUCAAUAAGAGCUCGACCUUUAAAGAGGUACUCUCCCGGAUCGAAGCUCACUCGGAUUGCCGGAACCUUCCCAUGAUCUCCUUCCUGAUACUCCCCAUGCAGAGAGUCACCAGGCUUCCUUUACUCAUGGAUACGAUUUGUCAGAAGACGCCUAAAGACUCCCCUCAGUAUGAAGCGUGUAAGAAAGUGCUCCAGUCUGUCAGUAAGCUUGUACGGAAGUGUAAUGAAGGAGCUCGGAAGAUGGAAAGAACAGAGAUGAUGUACACUAUCAACUCUCAGCUGGAGUUUAAGAUUAAGCCAUUCCCACUGGUGUCGUCCUCACGCUGGAUGGUAAAGCGUGGCGAGCUCACGGCCUACGUGGAAGAGAGCGGGAUCUUCUCCAGGAAGACGACUCGGCAACAGGUCUACUUCUUCCUUUUCAAUGACGUCCUCAUCGUCACCCGCAAGAAGAGUGAAGACAGUUAUACGGUGAUAGACUACGCUCUGAGGGAUCAGAUCUGGGUGGGGCCAUGCCAGCCGGAGGAUCUGAACCUCUCGCCGACACGCACCACCGCAGGCAUGCUGACAUCACGGCAGGUCGGAGCCAAUCACCUGUUCCGCCUUAAAUUCCGCAGCAAUCACUCGGGAGACAAAGUGCCGAUGAUCCUGGGGGCAGAGCUUCUUAAUGAGCGUGCUCGCUGGAUCAGUGCACUUGGACAUGCUAACAAUGAGAAGAGGAACGCAGACAGAACAAAUUCCAUGCAGGUGGAGGUGAUCCGCACCUACACGGCUCGGCAGCCUGAUGAACUCUCGCUGCAGGUGGCAGACGUCGUAAUCGUCUCGCAGUCGGUGGACGACGGUUGGUACGAGGGCGAGCGAUUGCGAGACGGAGAGAGAGGCUGGUUCCUCGCCGAGUGCGCUCAGCUGAUCACGUGCCAGGCCACCAUCAAGAAGAACAUGCAGAGGAUGGACCGCCUCCAGGGCCUGGAGACCAACGUGUGAGCGGGAGUCUCUGCCGUUCUUCUGAACGCACACCUGCAGAGACGUCUGAGGAACACUGCAAGAUCUUAUUGAUUAUUCUGAUAUCAUGGAGCUCCAAAAAAAGGAGCGAGAACCUUGGUGGAAGAACUCGCAGGUGGAGGAGUGCAGAUCCUGGAGGAACGGGCAGGAGGAAAAUGUAUUUAAACACGGGUGGAAAAAAAGGCAAAUUAGAAAACUAUAUAUAUAUAUAUAAUAACCCGAGACUAUAAAAUUGUUCAAUUUGGGUCACCUGACCACAUCACAUGACUCAAAGCACAUUGGAAUUAUUAUUUUUUUUUAAUAUCUCCGUUUUUUCUCACUCGACACUUUGCCGACACGGCGUUUCGACCAGAUCACCUCAGGAGUGCGUUCGUAAAGCUUCGCCCAAAAACGUGCCUCGGUGCAGAUUGGAGGCUAAAACGUCAAGAAAAGACGUUUUUUUUUUUUUAUGUGGACGUAGCUUCCGACACGACGUGCAAAUAAUUCCAUAUUUGUAUAUAUUUAAAUUUUUACAGCAAUGGGCGUAAAAACGAUGUGUUUUAGAAGCAGGUUUAAAAAAAACUUUAAUCCAAAAUGAUGAGAAUAAAGUGCUAGUGAUACUAGAUUAAACUCACGAUUUUUUCAUCAUCAUCCUUAUAGUCUCUUCACACGUUCUCUUCGAACAUCCUGCAGAUAUACGCCGAGAUCGAACGUUCAAAUUUUUCGAAUUUUCAUUUCAAAUGGAUUUUUCUCUCUGAUCAGUUGUUGGUCUUUUUUUUUUUUUUUUUAACCUAAAAUGAAUGAACACCCCUGAGCUUGAAUGUUAGCCCGGACCCUGGACUGUACCACCUUCUGAAAAUUCCAGCUCGACGACUUGGACUCCAGGGAGCGCUAGUAGCCGUUACACGCUGCAGGACGAAACACUCCUGUGUGAAUAAAUACAGAAAAAGCUUUAAGAGCUCAGGGAAGGUUUGUAGUUCGAGAUCUACACUAUAUACAGACAAAAGUAUUGGGACAUCUGACUUUAUCCACCCAUAUGGUUCUCACCAAACUUUGGAGGCACACAAAAAGUUGAGGCCGACUCAUUUACAAGAACAUCUAGAUUUAUACACCAUCAUCCUCAAAACCAGCGUUCCCACCACGUCAGACGUCUCCGUCUCCACCAUUGGUCUGAAACUUUUUGAUUCCACCUUGACUUUAUCAGGUGCUGUACCAUGAAUUUUUCCAUUCAGGUGAUUUAGGAGACCUGUUCCAGCAUUCCAAUUCCCCCUGUGCACAAAGCCAGGUCUGUGAAGAUCUCCUGCUGUAGAGCUCUGACCUCAAACCUGUUAAACUGGAUGAAUGUGAACGCUGACUGCAAACCCCCCCCCCCCACCACAAAACGUGGUGGAACAUCUUCCCAGAAGAUCGGAGCUCAUUAGACCUGCACAUGGAGACUAAAUGUGGGGGAAAAAAAUAAGUAAACACAAACCUUAUGGUCAGGUGUGUACAAACUUUUGUCCAUGUAUAAUUAAACACACACUCGGCGUAUAAAAGACUCGAGUGAUGCACUCAACCAACACCAAUCUGCAUAAAGCUCCAGGAGCUGCUUCAUUACGCCUUUUAUCUUCCUGCAGAUCAAACGCUGCUCUUCGGCUCUGUGUUUAUGGAAAAGAAUAAAAAAAAAAAAACUGGAAAAUAUGCAUGAAAAAAAAAAGUGACAGAUUCAGUCAUAAAUGCAGUUUUAGAUACAAAAAAAGUGAUUUUUUUUCUUUUUUUAAUGAAGGAAUGUUUUUGACCUAAAACAUAAUCAUUUUUAAUUUACAAAUCUGAAGUGGGCCUCAGGGAGAACACACACACACACACACACACACAAAUGAACUGUAAAUGUGUAAAUGUAAAGAUCAGAUAUAACCUGUUUGCCUGUAAGUAAUCUACAAACGGAUAAAGAUUCGAGUUUGUUUCACUCA